AGUAUGGUCCCUUUUGAUUGCAUUUUGUAUUAUUCUCAUUUAGCACUUAGAAACUCGGGCCACUAUAACAUUUUAACAAACAUAUCAUAUCAUAUUCAAUCUUUGCAUCCUUUCUAUUAAGUCAAUCUCUCCCACCAUACUUCUUCUUCAGUCUCUGAUACAAUGACCAUUGAUGAACCAGAGCCUAAUCCCACUUCUGAUCCCAUCUCAGAGUGGUUAAAUGGUACCUUAUCAUAUAUUCCAUCGUUCCUCGAUGAGUUGUAUAGCCCAGAUGACUUUUACGGGGACUCGUGGUGGGUUCCUAGUGAAAGUAUAGACCAAGAACGACAUAUCAACAACAACAACAACGAUAAUAAUAAUCUGACGCCCUUCAACACUAGAUUCGACAUCACAACCACGAGUACUAUCCCUUUGGAGCCGAUCAUUUCAAGUCACCCUACGCCAUUGGUUUCAUCCAAGAAAAGGAAAGGAAAUGAUUCUGAUUACAAUCCCAAAGCGUCGCGGAAUAAUCAGAACCAUCGGAUCAAGGAUGCAGAUGAUGGGGAAGCCAUUGCGGACCAAAGGGUGCCAACUAAAAAAUCAGCAGGACACAAGAAAGCAAUACACAAGUCAGCAGGAAAUAAUAGUAACAACAAAGAAGGAAGAUGGGCAGAGCAGUUACUUAACCCUUGUGCUGUUGCAAUCACUGCUGGAAAUCAGAAUCGCGUGCAGCAUUUGUUGUACGUUCUGCAUGAGCUUUCCUCACUAAACGGCGAUGCCAAUCAUCGGUUAGCUGCUCGUGGACUCCAGGCGCUAACGCAUUAUCUUUCUACUCCAUGCUCAACCUCAACACCUUCUGCUUCUGCUGGUGUUACUACUUUUGCUUCUACCAAUCCAAAGUUCUUCAAAAACUCACUCAUCAACUUCAAUGACAUUAGCCCCUGGUUUCGUAUACCCAAUAGCAUUGCAAACUCCUCAAUACUCCAAAUUCUUGAGGAACAUGAUCAACCCCAGAACCUACAUAUUCUUGAUAUUGGAGUUUCUCAUGGUGUUCAAUGGCCAACGUUGCUCGAGGAGUUGACCCAUCGAUCAGGAGGACCGCCACCAUUGGUUCGUUUAACGGUUAUUACACCUACCAUAGAAAAUGAUCAACUAAAGAAUUGUCCAUUUGUGGUUGGUCCAGCUGGUUACAACUUUUCCUCACAACUCCUUGCCUUUGCCAAGGCAAUUAACAUCAACCUACAAAUCAACAGACUGGAGAAUUACCCACUUCAGAAUCUUGAUUCCCAAGUGAUAAAUUCAUCCUCAGAUGAAACCUUGGUUAUUUGUGCGCAGUUCAGACUCCAUAACUUGAAACACAACAGUCCAGACGAGAGGACAGAGUUGUUGAGAAUAUUGAAGAGUUUGGAGCCGAAAGGAGUGGUUUUGAGUGAGAAUAACAUGGAUUGCAGCUGCAACAGCUGCAGGGACUUUGCAACGGGAUUCUCAAGGAGAGUGGAGUACAUGUGGAAGUUCUUGGACUCCACUAGUGUAGCUUAUAAAGGACGUGAGAGCGCGGAAAGGAGGAUGAUGGAAGGAGAGGCAGCAAAGGCUUUGACAAACAUGGGAGAGAUGAACGAGCGAAAGGAGACAUGGUGUGAAAGAAUGAGAAAUGUUGGUUUCGUACGAGAGAUGUUUGGAGAGGAUGCCAUUGAUGGAGCUCGGGCAGUGUUGAAGAAGUAUGAUAGCAACUGGGAGAUGAGAGUGGAUAAAAAGGAUGGCUGUGUGGGUCUGUGGUGGAAAGGAGAACCUGUUUCAUUUUGUUCCUUAUGGAAGAUAGAUCCCAGGACAAAUGAGAGUUGGAGCAGUCAAUCAAAUAGAAUCAAGUUUGAGAGAAGCACACAGUUGUUACAUAUGAACCUGAUAAAGUCUACAAGCAAAUCUAGUGUCCAGGCGAAUCUUGAUUAACUGCUUUCCCACAGGUUCCGAUCAGUGCAUUUGCAGAGGCAACAAGUCAAAAAAUUGUUUAAGUUCCUUAAAAUUUUGAUUCUACGCAGGUGGUCACGUAAAAGAAUAAAGAUGUGUAACGAGUCUGUGAAUUGAAGAAAUAAUUGAGUGUUUAGUACUCAAAUUUUCAAGCAAAAUGACUCCUAGCAAGUCAUGCUGU